AAGUGCAAGCCAGCAUAUAAAUUCUCUUAUCAAGUGACUCAUGAGUCACUGUUUACAGUACCCACUAUGGACAAAAUAUACAGCACUCUAUUUUUAAAUUGCAAAGAACUUCAUAGCCAACUUACAUAACAUUGAACCGGUCUAGUGUGCUGCUUUUAUUUAUAAAUUUUCGACCAAUGCAAGUUUGAGGUUAGGAUUCGCAUACUUCAUUAUUUAGUUUUUUGUUGUCAUCAGAACAGACAUGGAUGCUCUGUUAUAGUUUUUUGUUAAAAUGUAAUUAGUUUUUGUUGUAAGUAACUAAAAAUGAAUGAGUGUCAGUGUUAUGGAGACUGGCGAAAAAUUUCUGAACUUGGAAGUGGGGCUUUUGGAAUUGUUUCUUUAUGGAAACAUAAACAAACAAAUGAAUACAUUGCAGUGAAAAAAUGUAAAUUCGAAAGAAAAGACUCCCUCACAGAGAGGCAAAAACAGAGAUGGAUAAACGAGGUGGACAUAAUGAAAACCAUGAACCAUCCAAAUAUAAUAGCUUUCAAAGAAAUACCCCCCAUUCUAAAAGAAGGGCUACAUAAAAAGAACAUAACAAAACUGCCCAUUUUAUCCAUGGAAUACUGUGAUAAGGGAAACCUGCGGACUGUGUUAAGAAAAACAAAAAACUGCUGUGGUUUAAGCGAAAUUGAAGUGCGAGAUAUCCUGUUGGAUAUAACAAAUGGAAUAGAAUUUUUACAUAAAAACUCUAUAACUCAUAGAGACAUAAAGCCAGACAAUAUUGUUCUGCACAAUUGCAUGACCAGAGAGAGCAAUACCAUUUACAAAAUCAUUGAUUUAGGUUAUGCCAAAGAUUUAAACGAUACCAUAGUUAGUUUUGUUGGGACACUGGAUUAUUUGGCCCCUGAAAUUUGCCAAGGAAAACAAUAUAAUUAUGCUGUGGAUUAUUGGUCUUUGGGGGUGUUGUUUUUUGAAGUUAUUUGCGGGGUUCAUCCUUUUUUACCAGGAAAAUCCCUACCAGAAAGAUUUCAAUAUAUCAAAGGCAAAGAUCCAGAGAUCAUUUGUAUUUAUGAAACUAAUGCUUCAGGGAGCUUUAAAUCGUCCAAAGAAAUAUUAAAGUACAAUCAAAUAUCAAGCUGUCUAAAAACUAACAUUGAAUUAUGGCUUAAACAGGUACUACAAUUCAACCCACAAGAAAGGGAAAAGAAUUUUCCUAAUGGCCUUACAGUUUUUCAACAAAUGAGAAGUAUAGUAAACAAAAGAAUGUUAAAUGUUUUUUGGUUGCAUAAGCUUGAGUUGUAUUCCUAUGAAAUCCAGGAUUCCACUUUAAUUGGUACGUUAAAACAGUGGAUUCAGCGUGAUACAAAAGUGGAGAAGGAGAAAUUUGUGGUGCUUUUUUCAAAAAAUAUUAACCCUGUUCCUGAUGAUCACUUGGUUGUGGAUUAUUUAAGCCCAAAUAAUAAUGUAUACGUUAUUCGUAAAGAUUGUUUUUUCAAUAAAGACAGUGCUUAUAAUUUUCCUUUCUAUGUAAGAAAGCUGUUUGAGGGCUCUCUUAACUUUGGGCCCAAAGAAGUGGUAAAUUUGUGCCAUCAAAGUAUUUUUUACUUACAAAAUGAUCACAAAACUAUAGUAUACAUUAAAAAAUCCAUUAAUUUGUACAUUGCAUACAUUAAAAAUUUGUGCCUAGUAAGUCAGCAAAAGUACAUAACCGUGAAAAAGGAUUUUAAUGAUUUAAGUUUAGUUUUGCGAAAACUAAAUUUAAGUUUUGAAAGCUGCCAUGACCAUAGUUUAAGAUUAAAGUACAUAGAUGUUCUCGAUAAAACAGAAAAAUGCCUUGAUGAAUUAAAAAUGUUAAAUGGACGCUUGCAUACUGAUUGGAACCACUCUCAAAAAACUGUAGAACUUUAUGGAGUCGUUGAUGACGUUAUGAAAAAAUGUGAUGUAGAUUCAAUAUACCAGAAUUUUGUGAUGAUGGUGGAAAAAAAUGAAAUUAAAUCAGAUGAUUUGAAAAAAGUAACACAAACAAUAAGCAAAGCUAUUAAAAUGAAAGAUGAUUUUCUGAAUUCAAAAAGACUUCAGCCAUACAUGAAAGCUCUCCAUCACAUCCUAAAUAGCCUUGAAAAGUUGAUAAAAUCCAUGUUUGAUCUGGACCAACAAAUUACAACAAUAAACUCAAACCUAAACGACCUGGACUUCCUUCUUAAAUCAGCUGCUUCUUCAAUAAAACCAAAUCUUCCUUCAGUAAAACCAAAACAAAACGAAUCAUCACAUAUGGAACCCACCAAAAAUGGUAGGAUAUUUAAAAAAAUCGACACUAAAUUUAUAUUAGAGGAGAAUCAUUCGCUUAGGAAUGAGUGGAGUAUUUUGAUUAAUAAUAUUUUUUGCAAUGAUCUUUUCACGGACAAGUUUGAAUGAUAUACAUAAGCUGUGUACUUAAACCAAUACGCUUUAUUAUUAUUUUUAU